UGGUGAAUGUCUAGUCAUCCGCCUAAAAUGAUGUUGCGUGCUGGUCAGUGGUAGUAAUAAUCGGAGGUCGCAGAGGAAACAAAAGGCCAGUGGAUGCCACCGCCGACUCCUUUCUCGGUUACCUCUUCCGUCAACCAUUCCAUUCUGCAAAGGAAAGCAGUAAAUCGAAAAGAAGGACAGGAAAAGUGUCUUUGGACUAAACGAGUGAGAGAGAAAGCUUUCCGUGAUCCUCUCCUUUUGCCUGUCGCUCGUUGUCGUUGUUGUUGCAUACACAUCGUUCGUCGUCGCCUGCAGAAGUCCCAUUCCUACGUACAUCCUUCGCUACUCGAGCCACCCGUGCCAGCACCGUCACCAGCAAAAGAAAGCAUCAUCGCCGACAGCAUCGUCAUUACUACUCGAGACGCAAGUGUCCCUUCGAAGUCUUGCAGAUUUUCCUGCCCGUUGGCCCCACGCUGUUGUACUCGCAUCCGAUUUGACGCAGACUCACCCGGACCAUCGAGCUGCACGUCCCGAAUCGGGCUGCCUGAAUUGACCACUUUGGCCCCAAAUUGUCUUUCGUUUGCAGCACCGCGCAGGCCAGCGCUGGCUUUGCUACGUGAGCAUCACAUCUCCACCAGCCAACCAACCAACCAGCGCAACAGCACAACGGACGUGCAUAUUUCCCUCGUCUCCUGUUCUCACGGUCUGCAUCGCUGCCCGGCCCUGCGCCCAGACGGAAUCGGUCAAUCAUCAUUCGCCGACACAGAGGAACAGAGAAAAAAACUGUCGCGUGUGCCCUUACCCACAUUACGCAUCCUCUGCGAUCUACACUACUACCACUAUCACGACCACGGCGUUGUUGGUCGUCCACGUAAUCGCAACAGCGAUCACAGCCACUCCCGCGGGAGAUCCAUCAUCCAACGACGACGACGGCGAAAGCGUUGCGGCAAAGAAAGGGUUGUGACAGCAAAAGUAUCACGGCUGUUUAUUGUUUGGUCAUCAGUCAGCACUGGAAGUUCUAGCUGGAGCCGUCGACCUGGAAAUUAUUUCCACCUUGGGCAGCCUGGCAGAAACCGGCCGCAGGAAGAGAAAUCAGGUCACAUUCACCCCGAUCAGCCCGCCCGCCAGCCCGCCCGUCCGCCCAAUUCAUCAGCGAACACCUGGGUAUUAUUGCCGACCGUUGCAGUGCAGCACUUGGACGGUACGGAGUGUACCCUGUUUCUCGUUUCGUUGCUGCAUGUCAACCCGGGCCCCACCGAUUCUGGACGAUUGACGGUCGAUUGAUCAUUCCUCCGCUCAUCACCACCACAAAACGCAUAUGCGGGCGCACAGAUCAUCAUCCACCACCACCAAUUCUCAGAUUAUCACCACCUACCCACGCUUUUGCGACUCGCAGCCUGCAGUAGCCUGCAACCGCCCAUCCAUUUCCAUCAAUUGGGCUAACCACAGCUGCACACCCA